AUGCUUGAAGGCGAGAAGUGUCCAGGAAGUAUGUUUCACGCGUGGGAGAGCGUGGGGAAGUACGGCUUAGAGAGCUAUCUCGGAAUAGCAGAGACCGGAGUAGUAAAUGACACUGACGAAGAUUACAGAGUAGAGCUGGGCAAGUUCUCCCAUAACCUUCAAGCUCCUCAAGCAGGUGCUCAAGGUAUCUGUAAAAAGGCGCAGGCCUUUGAUAUCAUUCAUUCUCACGCUUGGUCCCCAACAGACUCCUUUGAUCAAUCGGCAUAUGAACCCUCGUUGAACGUGGGCAGUGACUUCUGGGAGAGUUAUGAAAUGGUUAGUACCUCUUUCACCCAUUCUUCAUUCCUUGGUGUGACAGUUAAUUCCUGGGUUCCAGAUUGUUUCGAUGACCCGGACAUUGAAGAGGCGGACAAGUUUUCUCCAAGCCCAGAAGCUGUUUCUGAUUCAAGGAUACACACCAUAGAUGUGUCAGCAGAGGUUACACACCAUACGUGGGUCAGCACAGGUUACACACUACACGUGUGUCAGCAGAUGUUACACACCAUACGUGUGUCAGCAGAGGUUACACACCAUGCGUGUGUCAGCAGAGGUUACACACCAUACGUGUGUCAGCAGAGGUUGCGCACCAUACAUGUGUCAGCAGAGGUUACACACCAUACAUGUGUCAGCAGAUGUUACACAUCAUACGCGUGUCAGCAGAGGUUACACACCAUAUGUGCGUCAGCAGAUGUUACACACCAUAUGUGUGUCAGCAGAGGUUACACACCAUACAUGUGGCAGCAGCGGUUACACACCAAAUAUGUGUCAACAGAGACUACACACCAUACUCACCAUGCGUUUAUAGCGAGGCUACUCAUGAAUGGCUCAUCUCAGGUCAACCUUCCUGAGUCUCAGGUCAACCUUCUAGUGGUCAGAUGUGUCUUUGAUAGUAGCGACGUGUAUCAUGUUAGUGGCGUGUGA